CUCCCUCACGCGCUUCAUCCCUCCGUCCGACACCAUUCAACGGCUUUAGCUAACGUUAAACGUGCUCCACCGUCCACACGGUCCGCUGCUCACUUUAUUGGACCGAUAUAUGGCUCAAAACAUUAGCGUUAUCUCUCGUAUCGGUGCUUUUGUUACUUUGUGAAAAUUCCGCCCAAAAGGAAAAAACGGUUCACCGCAAAUGCUCUCGAAUUCUCCCAUGUGUUCUUGAACUACGAGAACAGCUUAGGGACUUCUGUCUACCGUGACCAGUUUGAUUUCAACGCGGAGCCUCCUUGGGAUCCUAGCUGAUAGCUGGAGAGGUCGCCCUCUGACCUGUCCCUUGGAUAUCGCUAGGACCCAAGAGCUCUGAGGGUUCUCAUAAAUAGGGGACCUGCUUUAUGCCAGUCAGAACAUCAGAUUACGGAUAAGCAUGAAGGGAACUCUGGAUGAACUCCACUAUUCUGUUGAGCUGCUGGAAGAAAGCGCAGCUCUCAGAGAUGUGAUCAAUAAACACAUUCAUGAUCAAACACUUGCACUGAAGAGUGCGUUUUUUGUUGCUGACCUUGGAGUGAUUGUGCGGCAGCAAAUUCGCUGGAGAACUAAAAUGGACCAGAUUCGACCUUUCUACACGGUCAAGAGCAACAGCUGCCCUGUGGUUGUUGAAAUCCUGGCUGCUCUUGGAACAGGCUUUGUUUGUUCAAACAAGCAUGAGCUGGACUUGGUGAAGGUCUUUGGCGUCCCGUCUCAGGACAUCAUUCUCGGCGGCACAUGUAAACAGCUUUCCCAUAUCAAAUACUCAGCCAAACAUAACAUCCCCCUCCUGGUUUGCGAUAAUGAGGUGGAGUUGAGGAAGAUCGCACGCUGCCAUCCCAAAGCAAAGGUGUUACUGCUGUUGACAUCAGAGAGCUGUUGUGAGAGAGAGGAGACGGCCAUACCGUUCGGCUCCACGCUGAAGGACUGCAGACACCUGCUGGAGUGUGCCAGAGAGCUCAGCCUGCACGUUACCGGAGUCAAAUUCAACAUUCCCAGUUGUUGUCAGGAUGCACAAGCGUUCUCUCGUGCUGUGUCUGAUGCCCGCUGUGUCUUUGAUAUGGGGGAGGAGCUAGGCUUUGAGAUGAAUAUUCUGGACAUUGGAGCUGGCUUUGAUGGAAGUGAAGCACAGUUAGACAAGGUUCACCAGAUGCUUAAACCCAUGCUGGACAUGUAUUUUCCUCCCUCGACCAGCUUGUCGAUCAUCGCCGAACCCGGAGCUUAUUAUGUGUCAUCUGCUUUCACGCUGGCCGUGAAUAUAAUCGCUAAGGAAACAGUGGCUCGGGAUUGCAGCGGUCAACCACACAAACUACUGUCAGCAAACGAUGAGCCGGAGUUUCUCUACUACAUGAAUGAUGGCGUUUAUGGGUCGUUUGCCAAUAAGCUGCUGUGUGAAGAUUCAAUAUCGAUGCCUUCGGCACACAAGGAGAUGAGCGCAGAAGAGCCGCUGUUCUCCUGCAGUCUGUGGGGUCCGUCUGCUGAUGAUCUGGAUCAGGUGGUGGAGCGAUGUCUGCUGCCCGAGCUCAGUGUAGGAGACUGGCUGCUUUUCAGCAACGCAGGGGCCAACAGUCUGGGGGCCGCAUUCACUAACAGAGAUGAACACAAACCGCUCGUCUUCUACAGCAUCUCCGAAUACGACUGGCAAGAGAUUCGUAAUUGUGGCGUCAGUUUGGACACAGGGAUGAAGAACUUCUCUCUUGGACCAUGUUGCCUGCGAUCAUGCAUGUCUGAGGCAGCCAUUUCUACCCCAGCUUAACAAAAAGCCACUUAUUAAUGUCAUUGUUCUAUAAAGAUUGACUUUAAGCGCUUAAGAACCUGAACUCUUCUCAAAAGCUUCUAGGACCAGAGCUGAAGAAGUGUUAUUGACCAGAACAACUUCAUAGCCAUCAGAACUGAUGGAUAUACAGCAAAUAGUUAUGAUUAGCUUUAACAAAUGGGCCAUUUAGCGUUUACAGAUUUACUUAAUUUUAAUUUUUAUAAAUAUAUAAACAUUGCAUAUAUUUCCUCUAAGUGAAUCAAUCAUGAACCCAAAAGAGUGAAGUUAUUUAUUAAACCUCAAGUCUAGUUUCAUGACAUCAUCAGAUCCUUUUAAGAAAUGUGCACUUGUUUUUGUUAUUUGUAUUAAGAAUAUGAUGUUUUAAACUGGAUAAUUGUGAUCUUCGUCCUAUUUGAACUGUUGCAGUAAUAGUGCAGCAGAGCAAUGUGUUAAGUGUUUUUGUGGACAAAAUACAAUGGAAACUUUGUAAAUUGUUGUAAUCUCACGCCCACAACGCACCUUGUGCAAGUAUGCAAAUGCCAAGCGUCUUGUACAGUUGUACAUAUU